AUGAGAGUUGCGGUGGUGGGAGCCGGAGUGAGCGGGCUGGCAGCGGCGCAGGAGCUCGCGGCGAGCGGUGGCGCUCGCGUGACAGUGUAUGAGAAGGAAGACUGGCUUGGCGGGUGUGCCAGGAGGACCGUGGCCGUCGAGGACGGCGCCGGCCUUGUCCACCUGGACCUUUGCCCCAUGGUCUUCAAGCAGGCAACAUGCCCCAACAUGAUGCAAUUGUUAGAGUUUCUCGGGUUGGAGAUUGAAAGAACGGAGAUACCCUUCUCGGUGAGCACAAAAUUGGAUAAUGGAAGCCAAUGCUACUGGAGCACUAGCAAUGGUAUCUCAAGCCUUUUGGCACAAAAGAGCAAUGCUUUACAGCCCAGCUUUUGGUGCAUGAUCCGUGAGAUACUUAAGUUCAAGACUGACGUGCUCGGGUACCUGGAUUAUUAUGAAAGUAACCCUGAUCUUGAUCAAAAUGAAACUUUGGGGCGAUUUGUUCAGUCGCAUGAAUAUUCACACCUCUUCCAAGAAGCUUAUCUUAUUCCUAUAUGCACAUCUGUUUGGUGCUGUCCAUCACAAGGAGUUCUGGGGUUCUCUGCUGUCUCUGUGCUGUCAUUUUUUCGAAACCAUGACCUUUUUCAGUUGUUUGGGCACCCUGAGUCCUUCAUUGUCAGGGGUUGUUUGCAGUCAUUUGUAGACAAGGCAAGAGCGGAACUGGAACGCAUGGCUUGUCGAAUUAAGACCAGCUGUACAGUCAAAUCUGUUUCAUGUGAUGACGGAGGUGGUUAUAGAGUCCAAGAGGAAGAUGGUUCAGAAGAAAUUUAUGACAAGGUCAUACUUGGGAUUCAUGCACCAGCUGCUCUGAAAGUACUAGGUGCUGAAGCUACACAUGAGGAAUUGAGAAUUCUUGGUGCUUUUCAGUAUGUCUGCAGUGAUGCAUACCUCCACUGCGAUAAAAGUUUGAUGCCACAAAAUUUAUCUGGAUGGAGCGCCUGGAACUUUCUGGGGGAAACAAGCAGGGAUAUGUUUGUUACCUACUAG